GUAUUAGGAGUCCAUUGUGCAAGUGCAGAGGCAGAAGGAGAGAAAGGGUGGUGGGGGUGAGGAGAUGUGAGGAACACAUCUGUUCAGGAACAGAGAAGGAGGGCAAGCACGACAGAGCACUCGAGUGCAAAGGGAGAAAGAGAAAGAAGUUGUUGGGACGUGCUGGCAUCAAUCCUACACAUCCUCAACACAAGAGAGGCCACCAUCUCAGUUUCAGCGAAGAUGACGUCAUUGAAAUCAGUUGACUGAGGAGGAUUGACAUUGUGUAACAUUGGUAUUAUGGCGAUGUUUUGGACAGCAGUUGUUUUCUACAUGUGUGGACGUACAGUGGACGUUUAUGGAACGGCUGAUAAAGAUGUACUGCCAACCAGUCUGGCAAGAACAGUUACAUCUACCACUUUACCCACUGUCAUACCCACAGAAGAUGAGAGCAUUAAACUUGUGGAUUGGCUCACGAAGUAUGGAUACCUCCCACCCCCUGAUCCCUCUACAGGUCAGUUACAGGCCUGGACAGCUGUUACUCAAGCAGUGAAGGAAAUGCAGAGGUUUGCUGGUUUGGAUGACACAGGAGUCUUAGAUGAAGCGACUGUUCAGUUGAUGCAGACACCCCGUUGUUCACUUCCGGAUGAUGAUGAUCAAACCAUCCAGCUUUCAGCAUUACACGGUGAUAUUGAAAAUCAAAGGAUGAAAAGAGCAGUUUCUACCUGGACGAGAAGAAAUAUCAACUGGAGGUUGCGCUCUUACCCUGCAUCUUCUAAACUGUCCCGUGAAAUGAUUCGCUCCCUUGUGUACUAUGCCCUCCGAGUUUGGGCCGAUCCAACAUUGCUUGAGUUUCAUGAGGUGCGAGGACCAGAGGGAGCAGAUCUCCAAAUAGAUUUCUUGCAUGGUCCCCAUGGAGAUGGAUAUCCCUUUGAUGGAGCAGGUGGAUCUGUUGGCCAUGCCUUCUUUCCAUCAGACCCAGACAGGGCAGGUGGAGUUCACCUGGAUGCAGAGGAGGAAUGGGCUUUCAGAGCAAUUGAGGGCACAGAUCUGUUCACGGUGCUGGUGCAUGAGCUUGGUCAUGCCCUCGGACUGACCCAUUCAUCAGCACGGCAAUCUGUAAUGCGUCCAUACUACCAAGGGCCCCUGGGAGACCCACUCCACUUUAGCCUGGGACAUCACGACCUUCAACACAUCACAGCCCUUUAUGGUAAGAGGGGUGACCAUAUUCCAACAGACAGGCCUCUUCUUGUGACGGAAGCUCAAUUGCGUCAUCGGCAUGGAGGAAUACACAGACUCACACACAUGUACAGGCAUGCACACAGUCAGUUGGACAGUUCUGUGGAUCGCUGUAACACCAGUUUUGAUGCAGUUGCCAAGAUUCGAGGAGAGAUUUUCUUCUUCAAAGGGCAGAACAUGUGGAGAGUGAGCAGAGGUGGUCUCGUGUCAGUCAGGGCUGUUCCUGUACAGAGACUUUGGUCGGCUCUUCCUUCUUCACUGCCUCCACUGCGAGCGGUUCUGGAGAGACACACAGAUCAUGCCAUCAUCUUUAUCAGUGGUUCCCAGGUUUGGCUGUUCAAGGAUCUGUCACUCCAAGACGGUUUCCCUCAGCCUCUGUCUACUCUGGCUCUGGAGGACUCAGAGGGACUGUGGCAAGGAUUGCACUGGGACCCUACUCAGGGUGUGGUGUGGGGGCCUUUGAGAGAGGACGGAGAAAAAGGAGAAAGCUCAGAGGAAAGCAAAGUCUGGAGAGAUCUUACUGAAGGAGGAGUGAAUGGAAUCAUCACUGAGAAUGAUGACGAGAGAGAAAGGGCUGGAGACUUCAAGGGUUCGACCUACGUUUUCAAAGGCAACUCCUAUUGGAAAUUUACUCACCCAGGCUCAGCCCCUGAAGAAGGAUACCCCCGACCUCUGGCCGCCGAUUGGUUGGACUGCCCUCAGCCGUCCUCUUACAGCCCCGGUGACAUCUCUUUGAUCUCCCACUAUGGUCAACGGGAGCUUCGUGAGCAGAAAGGGCAAAGAAUAAUCGACCAGAUCAGGCACAAAGACAAAACAAGAGAUAAACCUCAUAGCUGGGACUGUCCAUGUCUAAACAGUGCAGUGACUCAAACUGGACCGAUUUUACUUCUGCCCGUUUUAUUUCUGAUCACUGUGAUUUGUUAACCGUCACUUUAAUUUUUUCCACUUUCAAGUUCACAAUCAUACCCAAAAAUGACUUAUAUUUUCCUUGACUUUUAAUCUCUGACCAAAGGAAGACAUAUGGAAAUAGUUGGCAAGAUGAGUUAAAAAUCAAAACGUGUUUUUCUGUUGUUGUACGUACAAUAACUCCUAACCGAAACGCUGGUCUUAUUUCUCUGUUAAUUCUAGUUUCAGUUGCUAAACCUCCUUAGAAUUAUCAAGUUAGGUUAGUUAUACUGCAGCACAUUCUUGUUCAUAUCAUCAACCAAAAAAGUAUAAAACAAACAUCAACAAAAUGCCUGAUGUUAAUGAAUUACAGUUCAGAGUCUGUCAGUUCACUAAAGCUUGUGAAGGAGGCAAAUAAGCACAAUACUAUACGCCUCCUUCAGAAGCUUUAGAGUUUAAAAGCAUGAUGAUAUUAUACAUAUUUUGAUCAUGAAGAUGCAGAGAGCAUCCAUUGGGUUCCAAAAUGUGAUUUAUUCAUGAUUUCUCCUUAUUAAAAUAGUGUGAGAAUUUAGAUUAAAGAUAAAGUGCAAAGAAAAAAUGACUGUGUUUGUCAUACUACUGGUAAAUACCAAUGUACUUUUUCAAAAUAAUUUAUUACUGUGGGAUGGAUGAUCAAAUAAUUAUAUAAUAAAAUCUAAAUAAAAAUGAUAUGUACAUUUGUUGUAA